AUGAAGACGACCCAAGCGAUGCUCUUGCUCGCCUUCCUCGGCGCUACCGCCGCCGAGAUCCCGACCUUCACCUUCCAGGGCACGACAACCUUCCCGAGGAAGAUGGGAGCGGACAUUGCAGCAUCCCAGUUCGUCGACGAGACGGGCACAUACCGCUUCAUCUCCUCCGUCGCAAGCUAUGCGCAGUACGACGACGGCACCAGCUACACACGCACCUUCACAGGUAACAACUUCGGCCACCUGUCCGACAAGUGGGGCACGGACGAGACGAGCAUGGUCGACUACAACAGCUACUGGGACAAGCCUGGCUCGAUGUGCUAUCGCCUCGACGAGCGGGAGGUCAACCCCAUGCCUUCCCUGUAUCAGGACGACCACUGCGAUGUGAUCGGCGUUUGGAUCGAUCCAGCCACGAAGGAGUGGUACGGCGGCGUGAACGAUGAGUACCAGUUCGACCCCUGGAACCACGGCGAGGUGACGCAGAAUGCACGCAUCAAGACGGGACGACACAACAACCGCCUCCUCCUCGCCAGGUCGGGCGACCAGGGGAAGACGUGGGCCGUGGUCGACCAGAUCGUGACCGACCCGUACCAGCCGAACCAGACCAUCACGCCAGAGCUGUUCCCGAACGCGACCUACUCUUGGGGCCUGAGCGGGGUGAGGUUCUACCCCGACUACAUCUCUGGAUACGCGUACCUGCUGUACAACCACCAGUUCCGCACCAAGAACGGCGACAAGACUCUCCUGGGCUACUUCAGCAUGGCGCGGACUGAGAUGGCCUCCGGUCUCACGGGAUGGAAGAAGUGGUACGGAGGCAAGUGGGAGGAGCCCGGAGUCGGCGGCCGAGACGGAUUCAUCGGCGAGCCUUUGGGAUUCAACGUCGUCUACGACCCGAAGACGGACUACCUCGCCUUCGAGGGCAAGGGCGCCGACGGUUCCGACGUCGUCUACCAGAACGAGAUCUUCACGGCCGCUUCAGGGUUCAAGUUCCGCGACCUCGACGGGACCGAGUACCACGUCUCGACGGCUUCCAAGCCACACAGCAUCACGCGCGACGGCUCUCAGGUCGACAAGGUGACCUACCUCGACCCGGUCGUGAACCGCACCAUCCUGGCGACGAUUGGCGUGACGGGCGAGAUGGUCUUCAACGCGACGGACGCCGACGGCGCCUCCAUCGGCUGGGUCCCCACCAAGGGUUUGAACAUCUUCAAGUCGCCCGAGUGGAGGGUGUACGUUCCCCCGAAGCCGCUCAACCAGGCCGGGUUUACGUACCACGUCCCGAGCAGCCAAUACCUCGCGAACGGGUACGAACUGCCCAUCAGCGCGACGCAUGACCUUGGAGACCCGAGCAGCUGGCGUCCCGUGGGGAAGCAGACGGAGGACAUGCUCGCGCAUGCGUCGUACCUGUCCGUCCUGGACACGGGCAGUCUGACGAACCAGUUCGUCACGGGCCGCACGCUGUCUCUCAUCUCCGACCUCCGCGUCACGGAGGAUCGGUACACGGCGCCUGCGGACAACGCAUACCUCCCCGACUUCUACCCUCCUGACGCCGAGGGCAAGCCUCUCACUGAGGCCACGUACAAUGUCUCGAUUGGCGACAAGGCGCUAGGCCGCUUCACCCUCGAGUGGGUGAAGGACACGUACAAUGGCGCGUACACUGGCUUCUUCCGGCUCAAGGGAGAGAAGGGGUACCUCAAGACCGACGGCAGUGUUGCCGACACGAGGAAGUGGGGCGCGCCGCUUGUGACCGGAGCUAAGGGACCUGACUUUGAUCCGAAGGGAAAUGGCGGCCACGGCAGCCCGUACGGCUCCGACGUGUGGUUCCUUAUCCCGUUCACCGGAGAGAGGACGAGCCUCGACGACACGCAGGGAUACAAGCUUGCCCACCGUGCGAGUCACAACGUGGCCACGAAUGGCGCCAGCGGGGCGGAGCUGCAGUCGAACCAGCGCGCGACUAACGAGGCGACCAAGGUCUCGUUUGCGCUUGUGAAAUGA